GUGAGCAGGCGGAGGGUCGACCGCAGCUCCGGAGAAGUGAAAGUGACGGGGGCCAGUUCAGGCGCAAAUAAAGCGUGCAGAGACGAAGGACGGCAGCGAGACGUUGCGGCGGGUCGCUUCGCAGCACCAGGUGGGACAGGCAGGCAGGUUUGAGAGUGCUGAGCUGCUGCGUUUCCUGUUUCUGAAGUUCACUCGAGUCGCUCUAUUAAUGCAUUGGAUCCGGUGACAGCCUCGACACAAGCACAGCACGAGCCGCGAAAGACAUGGAGAAUGGGAAGAGCCGCCUGCAGCAGGCCCAGGAGGACGUGGAGGAGGUGACGGUCAUCAUGCUGGACAACCUGAACAAGGCUGAUGAGAGAUCUGGGAAACUGGAAGACCUGGAGGGUAGGGCGGAUGAGCUGCUGGCAAAGAGCAAAGCUUUCGAAAAGACCGCCAACCAGGUGAAGCAAAAGAAAAGAUGGGAGAACAAGAAGAUGAAAAUUGUGUUUAUUGGCAUCGGAGUGGUAGCUGCAGCCAUCAUUAUUGGACUUAUAAUCUUUGCCAUUGUUGAUAGCACAGGAGGACAGUAGCUCCUUUGCUGAUGAAAGGAAAAUAAGACCUCGGGACUGUGGGACGAGAAGUGGACAAAGAUGAAAGGUCCAGGAAAAGAGGAGUGCAACCUGUGGGACUCUAGCAUCUCGCCUGAGCUGCUCAGUCUGUGAUUUUUCUGUGGUUAGAGAUAUUUAUGGGACUAUCGGUCCCACUCUUCAUUAGUGUAAGUCUUCAGUUGAUAUGGUACCAUUGAUUGCUUGGCUGCUUUGCUGUGUUUUUGUAACUUUUCAAAGGCCAUGUCUCUGUCAGGCCCAUAUUGGAAGGACACACAAAUCUUCAUGAGGAUCUAAAUAGCAAGUGCUCAGCAACAACCCCACCACUUUAAGCCAAACUAUGAAUUAUACAUUUGUUUUAGCAAAAAAUCAUUAGGUGAUGCUUUUGCUUCUACACAAUGGUUCACAUUCACCCCUCAGAGGAACAGAAGAUUGCUGUCACCGCUGACCUGAAGAUGGAUGCUUCAAUCAAGGAUUUGAGGAGAGUGGACCAUCAGUGCGAGAAGACAGAGGAUGGAUGGCAAACGUGGUCAUGAUGUGUAGCUUCAGAUAGCCUCAAAUUGGAAACAAUGAACUGAUGUGUCAUUACAUAAAAUUUCCUCUGUCAAAAAUGAAAUGUCCCCAAAGUUGUCUAUCAUUAAAACGCGUGUGCUUAAAAAGGCCUCUUGAUCUAUACAUGAACUUGUUCCAUACAUCAGCAUAACAUGUCCAAGAUGUGCAUAGGAAAUAGAUUCAUGCCUUGAAAUACUCAUGUUUGGUUUAUGUUUUGUGUUGUUUUUGUCAAAUGACCAGUCUAAAAUCAAGUGUGACAAUAUGUACAAACUGUGGGCUGACACAAACCAGCAGUGGUAGAAGUGUUUAGAUAGGCAGAUAGAUAUGCUGAGUGCUGUAUUGAUCCCUGAAGGGAAACAUGUAGCUUACACUUAGCUGACCUGAGGUACGUAAUAAAAAGCACUUUU